AUGUCUGAACAAAAAUGCUCAUAUAAAAUAGCGCUGUUGAAAUAUAGUGAGAAAACUCAAAAUAUCAAAUCAACCGAGAGUUAUCAGGAAGAAAGAGCGCAAGAAAUUCAAAUCAACAAUAUCGAACGAGACAAAAACAAAAGUGAUAAGUUAGUAAAAAAUCUAGUUAAUAAAAUAGAAGGUUAUUCCGAUUCAGUUAAGCAAAGUAAUAUAACAAAAACCAAGGAAGAUGCUGAAUCAUCGGCCAAACUGACUGGAAAAGGACAAGAAACAAAUAUUGACACCAAAAGACCUAAAAGGAAAAUAGUGAAAUCCAAUACUAAAGAAAAUGGAACUAAAAUAACGAACAAUGAAGAAAAAGUCAUGGAGGUAGUUGAGGAAAAAGAUAAGUUGUUACUAAAUAAAGACAGAAUACACAUAGCUCUUAUAAGUGAGACGUGGUUAAGCGAAGAAGACGUUAUUAAAGUCAGCGGGUAUAACAUUGUGAGAUUCGACAGGGAUGAUUCGUACGGCGGUGUCUGUAUGUUAAUACAUAAAUCAGUAAAGAUUAUAGUCACUAACGUGUUCUUACACAAUAAAGAUAUAGAAGUAAUAGGAGUUAAGAUCCUAAAUGUACCAGGCCUUCAAUAUAUUGUUAAUUUAUACUGCCCACCUCGAAUUAACAUGACCCAAAAUGAUUGGGAUCAAAUUUUUAGUUUGCAUAGUACAGAGACUUUGGUUACUGGGGAUAUCAAUGCUCACCAUUUAUCAUGGUCAUAUAAGACUGAUCGAAAAGGAGAAAUUGUUUACAAAUCAAUGUUUGAACAUGAAUACAUAUGCAUGAAUGACGGAAGUCCUACUAGGAUCCGAUUAGCUAAUGGUAUCCUACAGCAGUCUUCUCCUGACACAACGUUUGCUUCCCAAGAUAUUGCUGUUAAAAUAAACUGGAAAGCAACCAACGAAACUCUUGGAAGUGACCAUAUAGUUAUUAAAGUAACGUUUGGUUUUAACAGAUCUGGAAGCUAUAAUAAAAAGCGUAAUCUAAAGGAAGCGAAGUGGAAGGACUACAGUGAAGACUUAGAAGUAGCUUUUGAUAAUCCUGGCGAAUUUGAUACUGUCCAGCUAUGUUACGACUAUUUCUUGCAUAACAUAAACGCGGCGGCUGAAAAAGCAAUCCCAUGGAUCAAAUACUGUACUGAGCCUAAUAGAAAAUUUAUACCGAAACCAUACUGGGACUCUUCUAUCUCUAAAGUAGUUGCCGAAAGACGUCUAGCGUUAGCUCAAUUAAGGCGAAACCCAACUCCAGACAAUUACAAUAGAUUACAAAACAAAGAGAAGUUCCUAAUCAAUGGCAACAAGUGA